AUGUCAUCUGCUUCAGCUACAGCCGGCCCCUCGAGGCGACACAGCCAGUUCCGGCCCUGCAUCGACUUGCACCAAGGCGUGGUCAAGCAGAUUGUAGGCGGCACCCUUGACCUCACCUCGGUCGAGGAGAAGGAGCUCAAGACGAACUUUGUUGCUGCGAACCCCUCGUCAUACUACGCGAAGCUGUACCGGGACAAUGGGCUUACAGGGGGUCAUGUCAUCAAGCUCGGACCGAACAAUGACGAUGCUGCCAAAGAGGCUUUAAGAGCCUGGCCAAAUGGUCUGCAGGUAGGAGGUGGGAUAACAGGGGACAAUGCCUUGGAUUGGCUUGAGCUGGGAGCUGAGAAGGUGAUUGUCACCUCGUAUCUCUUCCCAGAUGCCAGGCUCUCGCUAGAACGGCUCGAGGCGCUGAGUAGAAAAGUGGGGAAAGAGAGAUUGGUCGUGGAUAUUUCAUGUCGAAGGAGAGAAAAGGGGUGGGUUGUGGCUAUGAACGGGUGGAAGACAUUGACAGAUACCUACGUGACAAGAGAAACAAUCACCCUGAUAUCCCAACACACCUCGGAGCUUCUCAUCCACGCAGCAGACGUCGAAGGCCUCUGUCAAGGGAUAGACGAAGACCUCGUUCGCUCUCUCGGCGAAUGGUGCUCUAUACCAUGUACGUACGCCGGCGGGGCCAAGGAGCUGGGCGAUCUGGAGUUGGUAGAUCGCUUGAGUGGAGGGCAGGUGGAUCUGACUUUUGGAUCGGCGCUGGAUAUCUUUGGAGGGAAGGGGGUGGGGUUCGACGAGCUUGUUCAGGUGGAUAAGCGGAUGAAAGAGAUGAGUAGGGGAGCAGUAUGA